GGCCGUUCUGUUGUUGUCCUCCUGUUGUCCUCCGGCCGUCCGUCCAUCCGCUCCACUCUGCUCCUUUUUUCUCCUCCUUCCACUCGCUCUUCCUCUCAGAGCAGGAAUCUCCUUCGUCGGUCUACGGGAGCGCAGCAGGAGACGCAGACAUGUUGACCGUCUUGGCGCUGGCGUCGGUCGUCCUCCUGGGAAUAGUUCCAGAUCCGUCCCAGGCCAUCGUGAUCUACACGGGCUGGGAACGUCACGCCCUGCUGGGCUCCGACGUCAGACUCUCCUGCUCCUUCUUCUCCUGGCGCUGGACCUCAGACGACGUCACCUUCUCCUGGACGUACAGACCUGACGGAUCCAAGGACAGCAUUUCUAUCUUCCAUUACACCGGCGGCAUGGCCUACGUGGACAACAAGGGUCCGUUCCGGGACAGGCUGGAGUUCGUGGGGAACCCCGGCCGCCGCGACGGCUCCAUUCUCCUCAAGAACCUGGACUUCAGCGACAACGGCACCUUCACCUGCGACGCCAAGAACCCCCCAGACAUCGUGGGCCGGCCCCAGUCCUCCCCCCUCAGGAGAGUUCCUAUCCAGGCUGGUGUGAUCACGGGCGCCAUCAUCGGCGUGGUGCUGGGCCUCCUGGUGCUCAUCGUGGUCAUCUACUACCUGAUGAGGUUCCUGGUCGCACGCCGCGUCUUCAGCCUCAGCGUCAGCAAACAUGGCAAGAAAAAGAAGGAGGGAUCACAGCAGAGACAGGGCCCCGCGCCUCCCGCUGACCCCUCCAAGGUGAAGGCUGCUGCCUCGGAAAAGAAGAAGCAGGAGUCCCGCAAGGAUAAGAAAUAGGAUACGGGGAGGGGCUGGGGCGGGCUCGCCAGCCGGCUACUCCAGCCCAUUCGCCAGGCGGCGGCGGAGUUGGCGAUAAAGGUCUGACUCCUCCAUGCCUGCCUCCACUCCUCUAGUCUGCUCCCUCCUUUUCUGCCCAGCCUGACGCAACCCCCAUUAUUCCCCAUUAUCUCUACUCUUUCAAGACAGCACUGGCUGUGAGAGCGCCCCCUUUUCCUACCCACCCCCCCAGCCCACCCGCGUCAGUGGAAACGGUGUCAAAUAAUCUUUACGACGUCUCAUCACGUUGGCCCGUAUUCGCUUAUUGGUCAAACGGUAAAACUUUUUAAGGCCUAACUCUGCUCAUAACUUCCCGACGAGGAGCUCGAGCUCCGACUUCCCUGUGAGUUCACACUCCCCUCAAUCUUCCUGCCUGCUGUUUGCGGAGCUGCGGACCUCAGAUAGAGAGAGACACAGGAGAGAGAGGGGGGGGGGGCAGCUACGGAGAAAUCUGAUUCCCGCUCUCGGCCGGCGCAGAGAGAGGUUGAAGCCCCGGAGCCCGGGGUGAUUCAGUCCUCUCACAGUCCAGCUAAUGGAGGUUGUCUCCGUGUUCCUGCCCCGGCUAAAGGCGGCUAUUUCUGGCCCUGUAAGAGCGAACACGCUUACUGUAACAGCUG